AUGGACGUGCCAAUGGUCGUAAAGGUCUGCAUCCAGAGAAUUAGUGGCCAGGAGCUAGAGUUGGAUGCUGAGGUGGAGGAGACAGUUGCGGAGCUGAAAGCCAGGCUCACCGAAAAGUGCCAAGUCCCUCUUCUCUGUCAGCGACUCCUCCUGCAAGCACCUCCGCCCGAGGAAUUCAGGGAGAAGCUUAUGUUGGUCAUGAAAACAAGAGCCUCGGAGAUACUCAAUCAGCUUGAUGUCCACUUUCUGUACGAAAUGAAGGCGAUCUUCAGCCCAGCACGUCCAAUGUACCAAUGCUUUGCGAUUGUCUACCGUCUCAUCGCAUCUUGCCCAUCUUUGAAGAAGCUUCCGCGGAGACGCGCUAAUCCGCGGUCGGACCCGGGACCUGGAUGGGACGCGCUGAAACCAUUGCUUUGCGGCGACACCUUUGAUUUCAUCCGCGGCUUGCAGGAGUUUCCUGAAGAAGUGGUCCAGGCCAAGGUGCAACAAAGCCAAAUCCAUCAGGCUGAGAGCAUUGCCCAAGACAUGGGAUCCACCUUCACCCCGGGGCAUCAAGCAAAGUUCAGCAAGGUCGGCGAGAUCCUGUGUGAAUGGGCCUUGAUCUCCAUUGAGCUGUACAAGACGUGGGCUGGCAAAGAACUUUCUCCGAAACUCGAGGACACGUUCCCCUUGUCUUUGUAUUCAAGCGGUGGUGAGCUGAAGCUGUCGUUACUGACAGAUGUCGAACCAGCAUUUGCGAACCUGUCCUCGGACUUCGAGCACGUGCUUGAAGCAGUGCAGGCCCUUGCUGUUCUUGGGAACAACUGUUUGGAUCGUGCCGUGCCUGCUUUGGUGGAAAAGCUAAUGCAUUGGGAGCCAACGAUUCGAAGCGCAGCUUGCGACUCACUGAAGCAUCUUGCCCGCCAAAAUGCUGCAACGGCUGAAUUAUUGCGAGGUCACCUGGGGCCUUGCAUACCGCAUCAGCGCCCGAAGCCUUGGCCUGCGUCUGUCGAGAUCAUGGACGUUCUUGUAAACUUGGCUGGCGACCAUCUGCACACUCUGUCCUGGCUCGUCGGAGUCAUGUGUUUUGCAGACCCUGACGAGAGGGAAAUUGGCUGGUCAUACUUCCAAAGUGUGGAGCAGUACGCGGAUGCUGCUCAGCUGGCUGGUCUCCUCAUCUCAUUCAUGAAAGAAGAGGAGAUUGAUGAUGUGGGAGACCCCUUCCUUGGAAAUGUAACCAGAAAGUCGGAGAUUCGUGGUGCACAAGGGAUGAUCUGCGCUGCCCUUGCAAAGGUUGGCGAGCGCAGCAAUGUGGUGGUAGAGUUGCUCGUGAAAGAGCUGGCAGUGACACAGGAGCCCUUCCAGCGUGCCCGGGCAGCCGCCGUCUUGGCGAGAGUGGCACCCCGCGAAGACGAAGCAGUGGUCAAGGCUUUGCUGGACGAUCUGAGCACGUCAGAAGGAGAGCACUUGCUGCUGAUGUCCGGUCAUCUGGCAUCGAUUUCGCCUUCCUCCCAUCCGCAGAUCCUGAGCGGACUUCGUGCUGAACUCAAGCGGAGAGGUGGUGCAGGAUGCCAGGCGGUUAUUCAUCGAGUUGCGGCUUGUUCCGCUUCCGAGGAUCAAGUCUCCGUGAUUUUAAGCUACCUGAAGAACUCACGUUGCUUUCUGAGCCACGAGUGGCCGGCCUCUGUCGUGACAGCCCUGGAUGCGGUCGGACCAGCUGCAAGCUCUGGCAUCCCUGGCGCCCGGGAGGCCGUGAACCUGGCAGCUAAGGCUUUGUGCAAGAAGAUGAUAUCCGGGCACGAGCAGUGCAAGCCCCCGCUGCUGCAACUUGCCACCAAGUAUGGCCUGCCUGAUGGUCUCAACGGUGAUUUGGUGAAGGGCCUCUGCCAAGGCAGGCCGAAAGUGCAGGCCUCCUGCCACGCCAUCUUGAAGGAGUCACUGAACGGCAAGGACAUCAGCCUGGUGCUCGAUGUCAUCGACAAUGACAUUAAUGUGGUGACUCGCUGCUUAGCCGUAGAACUUCUGCCACAUUGCUCUUCGCGGGGGCAGUGCGAUGUGAUAGAGAUGCUGCUCCGACUGGCGACCGACAAAGACGUGGUGAUCAAGUCCACAGCCAUCGGGGUCAUUGGGCAGUGCGCGCACUGGGACGCAAGGGUUUGUGAAGUCUUGCGAAGGCAGUUGGAGCACCAAGAUGCCCACGUCCGUUCGGCUGCGUUGUUUUCCCUGAAAGAUCUUGAACUUGAGCACGACAAGGAUGCACUCUUCGACACCCUGUCCAAGUGUCUGGACGAUCCCGCUUCCAAUGUGGUGCGUGGGGUGGUGCAGUGUCUUGAGUGCUUGCUGGACGGUCGCGAAGCUGUGAUUUGCCAACUGGCCUCUCCGCUUAUCGACCAUGGCGACGCAACCGUUCGAGAAGCGGCAUUUACACUGUUGGGCAAGAUGACCAACGAAGGGCAGCGGGAAGCCUUGAGUGUUUUGAAAGCUGCAGAAGGACGACCUUGGCCUGAGUCAGAUGCUCUCGUACGAGAAGCCUGGGACAAAGCCCUCGAAGCAUUGACCUGCACAUGA